AUGUCGCAUGAAGCGUCGAAGUCACCACGAUCUUCAUCGGCGACACCGAUCAAGAGAUCAAUCCCGCUACCAGAAUCGUCUUCAGGCUCUAUUCCGAAAGCCUCCUCUCCAUUGAGCGCCAUUUUUACUCCCAAAGCCAGUUCUUCUUCCCUUCCGGUACAGUCCACCCCUUCGUCCUCAUAUUCUGCUCCAAGCAAUGCCGGGGGCAACGCGCAAUCGUCGAGCACUCAGGACCCUUCCUCUGAGCCCUUAAGGCCCCUGUCCAUGGUUCUUACAUCCGCACAUGGAGAGCCAUCUUCGAUAGAGCUGCCAGAAAUUGAGGAUGUUGGAGCAGCAACUGCACCGUCAGAGCUGGCGAAAUCCGUUCCACAACAGGACGUGAAGGAUCAGAUAGGACUGGACAUCGACAGUCCGAAGAUGUCGACCUCGUGGUGGGGGGAUAAGCACGUGUCACGUCCUUGGCACGACCCUCCAAAGAGGAAAAACACCAUUCCUCCGGAACAGGCUGUCGCGUUCGAGGAUACUCGCAAGCGCGUUGCACAGGCCGCCGCUUCUGUUUUGGACACUGCUGCCGACAUCACUCACGAAGCACUGUACCUUGGUGUAGAAUUUUUGGAUUUCGUGCCAAUCCCUGGCCUCCAAGCUGCAGCGAACACCCUCUUGAAUAUAUGGGACGCGGCUCAAGAUGUCGAUAUGAACCGUCUCGGGUGCCUACGCCUUACCGAGCGCUGUGCAGACAUUCUUCUUUCAGUCCGAGAGGAAGUCCAUGAGGCUGGGGAUCAGAUUGGGACAGAAUUAAAGCUUCCUCUUGCAAAGUUGGAAGAAUGCUUCAAUGACAUCUACCGUUUUAUGUUCAAGCAGAAAACUCGUCCUUGGCUCAAGCGUUACCUGAAACGCGACGAGAUUCGCAGAGACAUCUCGGAAUGUCAUCUAAAACUUCAAGAUGCCCUUGCAUUAUUCGGGGUUUCCAUUCAAAUCCGCAUUUUAAAGCAAGUUCAGAGAACUGAGAAGCGCCGGGAGCACGAGACGCACGUCCUGACUGCUAUCCUUGCAAGUCACCUUUUCACGGAGCAUCCAGAGGACUCAGUAGCCACUGGACCUGAUGCAGACCAACACAAUGACCACCAUCAUCCCCCGCCACUCGUAGAAAACUCACCGGAGAUGGUCUACCACUUCGCCGCGGCCAAAAACGCCCUAGGAAUUAUUGACGAAUCCCAGCCUGAAAUACUUCAGGGCGAUGACUCCUCCAACAUCAUACCUGAUUUGAAGAAAAUCCACACGAUUCAGAAUGCCCUCGAUGAACAGAGCGAUAUCAGUGACCUUCGGCAGCUCAUGCGACAGGCACUACAGACAAAUAGUGACGCAGAAAUCUUGAGAGUCUUCCAAAUAGGCCACCAAGAGAUGCCAGACGCUAUAAAGACACUGCAGCGUGCCCUCGAGCGAGUUAGCUCACAAGAGACAGAGACACCUGAUAAAAGCUCUGCGAAGGGUGUGGUCCUGGGCAAAAUCAGUAUCAACGAAGGUACAGGGAAUCAAUCUGUCAAAGGUGCGGGAACCGUCAUCAGCAUCGAUAGCUCUAUUGUGGAAGCAUCUGGUGGCUCUGGGACGAGCGCCACAGUGUCGGGGAGCUCGACAGCUUCUGUACCACGAGAUACACUGGAUAGGGAAUUCAUCGAGACGGGUAUCGAAUCCUUGAGGAGGAUGAGUCAAGGAGUCGAAAUUUAUGUUCCGACCUGGACGAUCACCAAAUACGAAGUCGACAGAGGACAAAUGAUUGGUGUCGGGUUUUUCUCUACUGUCUACAAAGGCACAUGGAAAGGUCGGACUGUGGCCAUCAAAGUUCUCGCGGAUACGACCCCCCGCAAGCUUUUCCAGCGUGAGAUGGGUAUAUGGAAAACCUUGCGUCACGCCAAUGUUCUUCCUCUGUAUGGCGCUAGCAGCGCUACUGGAGAUCCUCCAUGGUUCUUUGUUACGCAGUACCUCAAAAAUGGCACGCUUUCUGAACAUCUUAGAAAAAUUGAAGCUGAACAGAAUCCUCCCGGACUGGGCCUCGCGUCCAUAGGCAACGCUUCCGCCACCACUACGCCGCGUCCACCAGGAUCAGGUGUAAGAGCGACUACCCUUCCUGCAAUGUCUCCGUGGCUGGGGGUAAAUCUUGCCAAUGGGCUCACUCCUACAGGACAUCUCACUCCCCCCAACAGUCGUAAUAUCAGACCCCUUCCGCGCGAUACCCCUGUCUCACGAGAAUGGGACCUCUUCCGCUUUAUGCAUGAGAUUGCGAAGGGGAUGGAAUACCUCCAUGGAAAUGGAGUGCUACACGGUGAUCUCAAAGCAUCAAAUGUGCUAGUGGACGACAAAUACCGAUGUAUCAUAUGCGAUUUCGGUCAGAGCGAAAUGAAAACUGAAGCUUUCAGAAUCAGUGGAACCCAUCCGCAUGGUACACUCGGAUGGCAGUCGCCCGAGUUGAUGUCAGGUCGCUCACGGCUCACCGUUGAGGCCGAUGUAUGGUCCUUCUCUAUCACUUGCGUAGAGAUAAUGAACAUGGGGAAGCUGCCCUGGAGUCCAAUGGACGAUUAUUCGGUGCGACGAUAUGUCCUAGACGAAGACAAGCGGCCUCCGGUCCCUAGAUAUUCUCGGUUCAAUACCCCAGGAUUCCAGGAAAUCGUGAAGGCAUGCUGGCAGUUUGAUCCGAAAAGCCGGCCUUCCUUUUCAAAAAUAUCCAGGGACUUCAAGCUACUCAGAAAAAGUUUCGCUGACGGAUACGAGUCACCCAGUCCAAGGAUUCCAGCUAUUGACGAAGUACCCGAGCCAGCAGCGUCACCAUCUCCAGACCUAAGGCCCCAAGAACUACCUCCAUUUUUGAAGCAAGAAAGCGGCGCAGUUCUUCCGGAUGACAUCUUGAGUGAUGCUCUUAACAGCGAGGGGCCAUAUUCACCCAGCGGAAACCACCCACCAAAUCAGCCACACAGGGAGAGCACCGUAGCGACAGAGCGCAUAAGAAUGCCAGAGCCCGUCCUCUAUACGCCAGGCCAUUCAACCCGUAGCUCUUCGAUUCUUGCUACCGCAUCGAGAUCAGAAGAACGGAUACAAUUCCACAGAUCCGAUGGGUAUGAUUCCCCUCCUCCUGUGGACGAACAAAUGGCGAAGCGUAGAAACGAGCGACGUUAUCGUCUACUACUUGCACACGAACACCAUAAAUCCCUCAGUCUUCCACUCUGGGAGCCUUGCCAAGUUGACAUUGGCGCUGUCGGAUACUUGCUGAAACCUGAAGGCAGAUUCGUAACACUCUUUAAUUCAUAUGAGCCCCAUAAGUCAGAUCAUCCAGGAAUUCAAUGUCUACCGUCCAUUCAUGGGUAUGGAAAUGUGCAAGAAGAGGUGCAACGUUUACCAAAGAAGACAGCAGCCCAAAGAGCAUUUGAUAUUCUGAUCGGUUCGUUGACAUUCAGAAAUUCUUCAGAAGAUAUUGUGAGGCGACCAUCAUUUCCUCUGAAAGCUGGUCACAAGGCAGCAAUCCUGUACACCGAGACAACGGAGUAUCGGUAUAUGUUAAAGCUAAACGCUCCAAAAAGAUGGUUCCAGAAUAACGUUGACACUAUCAUGCGCAUCUACGGACAUCAGCAUCGUAUUCAAAGGGAGGAUCUUUUUCUGAUAAUUGGCACGCUUAAAACUCCAGCUUAUGCUCUAUUAGUUAGUCAUAGCCAUCCAGAGGGACAUGCGCGCUUUAAUGUAUACGCCAACCCCCAAAUUGGUAAGCCAUGGGGUACUUUCACCACCGAUACAGAUGGACCUAGAGGCCUAGAGGACUCGGAUUCGGAGGAGGAAAUUACACGACUGUCUGCAAGUAAAGUGUCACUUCAUGGAGGGCCUAUGGAAGCAGUAUUGCUCGCUCGUCUUCGCUUCAAGCCCGACGCCACGGAACCAACAUCUCGAUGA